CCAAUGGCGCCACGGUCCGCGCUCGCGCUUGCGCUAGGAGCGGACGGAGAGCCGUCGGGAGGCGCGGGGCACGCGACGUGCUGUGGCGUCGUGCGCGCGCGCGCCUGUGGUGAGCUCAGGUGCUCAGAGUGCCGGCGGAGGCGCGGAAGGAGCAUCCUCCGUCGCGGUCGGGUGUGAGGCGCAGGAAGAAGAGCCGCGCUGGAGCAAGAGGUCCAGUACCCGGAGUACCGGUGGGCCGGAGCGGAACGGCAGCCGCCCCCCUGGACGGACGAACUGGCCGAAAUGUCCCGGCACAUCUACGCUCGUCAUAAGGUCGGCGAAGGACUCCAGGCGCCAGUCUUUCAGGUGAACAGGGGAACGUACUCCCGCCGCAGCCGACUGAAGAGGUCAGAUGGAAGCACAACAUCCACCAGCUUCAUCCUCCGCCAGGGCUCAGCGGAUUCCUACACUAGCAGACCGUCAGACUCAGAUGUGUCCCUGGAGGAGGAGCGUGAGGGUGGGCGGCAGGAACGUGAGCAGCAAGCUGCCAUACAGCUGGAGAGGGCCAAGGCAAAAGCAGUCGCCUUCGCUGUUCGGACCAAUGUCAGCUACUGUGGAGCCCUGGAUGAAGAUGUACCUGUGGCAGGAACCGCCAUCUCUUUUGAUGCUAAGGACUUCCUGCAUAUUAAAGAGAAGUACAACAAUGACUGGUGGAUCGGCCGGCUGGUGAAAGAAGGCUGCGAGAUCGGCUUCAUCCCAAGUCCCCUCAAGCUAGAGAACAUCCGCAUCCAGCAGGAACAGAAAAGAGGGCGCUUCCAUGGUAAGUCCAGUGGGAAUUCCUCCUCCAGUCUAGGAGAGAUGGUUUCAGGCACUUUCAGGCCCAACCCUUCCUCUGCAGGAAAGCAGAAGCAAAAAGUGGCCGAGCAUGUUCCUCCAUAUGAUGUGGUCCCUUCCAUGAGGCCUGUGGUCCUGGUUGGACCAUCCCUGAAGGGAUAUGAGGUGACAGACAUGAUGCAGAAAGCCCUGUUUGACUUCUUGAAGCACAGGUUUGAUGGCAGGAUAUCGAUCACAAGGGUCACUGCAGACAUCUCUCUGGCAAAGAGAUCAGUGUUGAACAACCCUAGCAAAAGGGCAAUCAUUGAGAGGUCCAACACCAGGUCCAGUUUGGCUGAGGUCCAGAGUGAGAUUGAGAGAAUAUUCGAACUAGCCAGGUCUUUGCAGCUCGUGGUGCUGGAUGCUGACACGAUCAAUCAUCCGGCACAGUUAAUGAAGACAUCGUUAGCACCCAUCAUUGUCCAUGUCAAAGUGUCCUCACCAAAGGUCCUCCAGCGACUGAUCAAGUCACGAGGAAAGUCCCAGAGCAAACACCUGAACGUUCAGCUGGUGGCAGCAGACAAACUGGCACAGUGCCCGCCGGAGAUGUUUGAUAUCAUCCUGGAUGAGAACCAGCUUGAGGAUGCCUGCGAACACUUGGCUGAGUAUCUUGAGGCCUACUGGCGUGCCACCCACACCUCCAGCAGCACCCCCUUGAACCCCCUGCUAGGCCGCAACCUGGGCUCCACAGCACUUGCCCCAUAUCCUACCGCCAUCUCUGGACUUCAGGGCCAAAGAAUGAGACAGAGCAACCACACAAGAGACCACUCCCCCAUCGAGCGGCGCAGCCUGAUGACCUCGGACGAGAACUACCACAAUGAGCGGGCGCACAAGAGCCGCAACCGGCUGUCCUCAGCCUCCCAGCAGAGCCGAGACCACUACCCCCUGGUGGAGGAGGAGUACCAAGACCCCUAUCAGGACACAUACAAGCCCCACCGCAACCGUGGCUCCCCUGGUGGUUACAGCCACGACUCGAGGCACAGGCUCUGAGCCAGCAUCCCAAAACACCCAGGCCUCUUCUCUCUCCAGCCCAGUUUGACGGAGCCACGGCAGCUCCCAAUCAGUCCUGUCGAUCUUUUUCUAAGCGUGAUACCUCGUUUCCUUCUGGCACUGGUUCCUGUCUAAGUGGUGUUCCACUUGCAGACAAAUCUGGACACUUCCCUUUUUCCACCGUGAUUCCAAACACACAGCUGGAAAAGGAAGUGCAGAUUUUACAGAGGCCACAUUGUGCUUGUUCGCUCCAGUAUUGGACAGGACGGCUCGUGGCAGUCGCAGGUGUGAUUUGCAUUCAGAGAGGCUGGAUCAUAGGGUUUAGGGCCCUAAGUGUCCUGAAGGCCCCUGCUUUCUCUGUUUCAUCAGGGAUGGCUGUUGCAGUGUGCCUUGCACCUCGAACCAGUGCCAGUACAUGGAAAUCCCAGAGCGCAGUACACCCUGUGAACAGCACAGAGCCCUUUUGCACGUUUCCAGAAGCCGGUAGACAUGGACCAUAGCAUAUCAUACUGUUGACGUCUUUAGUUCGAUCAGGUUGCCUCUGAGAAAACGGUUCGAAUUGUGUGCAAAUAGUGACGUACAGUCCAAGAGAGGUUUGCGCUUGUCAAAUGCUGAGUGAAUUGUCCAUGGCUCUGACCCGUUCGGUCCUGUGACUGGCAGGAAAACCACACUUUGCCGCUUCCUGUUUCAACAUGCGUUUUGUAAGUGCACCAAAUGGCCAACAUGGAGUCUCUGUGUUGUCUUCAUUUGGGAAAAGGGUGACCUAGGAGUUCACAGCCUGUCAGUUCACGUGGAGAGGCUGAAUCACAGAAGAGCUUAAACUACAAUAUACCAGUUAAGACAAGGGCAGCAAGAGAAAUAAGUGUAUUUUAAUGCCUUUUUGGGUUUGGCUCAGUUCAAAACCUACUAGGACAGCAUUUGCUUUACAAGAUCAGGAGCAAUGCUCAGCUCAGGCGUAAAGAGUAGCGAUGCUGACUGUGCUGACCUGUAGCUGGGGUAAACAAUUUCCCUUUUUUGAGCCCAGUGCACAGUUUGCCCUUCUGAAUGUGAUGCACUGUGCAUCAUUUUAUUCUCUGUAUAGGUGGCAUGUUUCCCUAAUUCUAUUUCAAUUUUAGUUGAAAAGAUCCUUUAUGACUGCCCUACUGGAAAAUAAAAUAUAUAUAUAUAUUUUAAAAGCAGAAGAUGCUAUCUCAGCUAUCCAGUGAGUUUUCACAAUUCAGGCAGUAUUGUAAAAGAGACCAAAAAGAAUACGUUCACACUGUAGUGAAAGCCCAGUCACCAUUGUACCUUGGACACAAUGACAAUGUUUUCAACUGCCAGGAUUUGGUCUGUCCAGUGAAGCCUUUUACCACAACAAGACCCAUUGUAUCCCAGGCGGUUACACUGAUACAAGGUCAGUAUUUACAAACUAAUCCACAAAGUCAGAAAGGCCAGAAUUGCAAAUGAAAGGCCCACAAUAAGCUUACAUUUAAGUGUGCUGUGCGUGGCUUGAUGUACAGCUGGAGAUAAGUUUACUUGACUCUUUUGAUGAACUCCGAAAGAGAAUUUUCAGCAACAAAAACAGGUAGAAACACUUCAGACAAAAUCUAUGGAGCUGAAUUGUGUCUUGCUUACAUGUUUUUGGCACUUUCUUCAUAAGUGUUGUUUUAUAGUACUUCAGCGGCUCUUCGUCAUAGCCUGAUGAAAAAGUCUUCCAUGUCACGCCUGUAAAAACAAAGAAAUACGAGAUACCUUUACGAAUCCCAUGACCCAAAUGAUGUCACCACCCUUAUGUAUUGGAUCCGUGUGAUUGCGUAGAUUGAGAAGUGUUUAUUUUGGUCGACGUGCAGUCAAAGCACCUUGCCAGAGAUCCAUACUUAAAGAGAAAGGUGGGUCCCUCUCUUUAUUCAUUUCAUUAGCACUGAUUUUAAAGGGCAAUCCUGCACAUCUGCUGCCUGACUUUAAGUUGUAUACAUCUUUUUGCUUAUUAUUAAAAGAUGUAAUACCUUUUCCAUUAAGAAUUUCGAACAGUGAGUCAAGGAUCAUUAACUGCAUCACCUUUUGUGCUGUUGAGUGCAGUGCAACCAGCUAUAGACCUAUCUCUACUUACACCUGACUAUAAUGUACCACACCCUGACCCAUGUCAUAGUCGAUUACUUUGAAAGGUUAUUCCGGGUAAUGAGAUUUUAAAAUUUAGGCUGCCUUUGAUUUCCUCAAAGAAGAGGAACAAGUCUUGCUCUCUGGAGAUGCAAAACAAGUGCUGCCGUAAAAGACAAAAAAAAAAAAAAAAAACUGCAGAAUGCUGCCUUAACUCAUGCAAACAGUGCAGCUUGCGCAUAUCUGUUAUGCUUAUAAAAAUAAGCAUAGAUGCCAGGACAAAACAGGAAAAAAUGAAAUUCCCAGAGGAACCAAUGUGCGGCCCUCAGUUUGUUCCAGUAGUAUCUGUGUAUGGGGGGUUCUUCUCAUCUUCUUUUCUGAAUCCCUGCAUGGAGUUGACACCCUUAACAGCUGUGUACUUGGUUUUUUGCUCGGUUUGAAUUUAAAUGAUGACAGAAAAUUAUGCAAAUAGCUAAACUGUUAAAAUAAGGAAAUCUGAUGUUAUGGACUACGAGCA